AUCCAGCCGAGAUCCGGCUUCCGGCGCCAUUUUUAUAUAAUCUCGCCCCCGCCUGAUCCGAUCGGAUCGGGCUUCCCCCUCUCCUCUCACGCCUUCGCUGCCUUUUCUACCCACGCGUCUCUCGCCAGUCGCCAUCACCAUCAUCAUCGUCAAUCACGGCGACCUCGCUCUCGCUGCCCGACUGGAACCGGUAAUCUAAUGGCUAAUGCCCUCCAUUAACCCUCUCGCUAUCCUCUAACCAGUGGUGCUUAAGCAAAAAAAAAAGGCUCUGCUACUGCUGCGGCCUCGCUCAGAUCCGCCCCGCUUCGCUCCCCACCCUUCCCCCCUGCUGGCCGUUGCUCUGCAUCUGCUGCUCUCCUCGGCCGGGAAAAAGGACGCUGCUGCUAGGCUGACAGCGGCGAGGAGGAGGAGGAGACGAGGGAGCCAUGGCUCAGAUCCUGCUCCACGGCACGCUCCACGCCACCAUCUUCGAGGCCGAGUCGCUCUCCAACCCGCACCGCGCCAGCGGCGGUGCCCCCAAGUUCAUCCGCAAGCUUGUGGAAGGGAUCGAGGAUACCGUGGGUGUCGGCAAGGGCAGCACCAAGAUAUAUGCUACCAUUGAUUUGGAGAAGGCCCGCGUCGGGCGUACACGUAUGAUCUCCAACGAGCCCAUCAAUCCUCGUUGGUACGAGUCCUUCCACAUCUACUGCGCGCACAUGGCCGCCGACGUCAUCUUCACCGUCAAGAUCGACAACCCCAUUGGGGCGUCUCUCAUCGGGAGGGCCUACUUGCCUGUCACGGACCUCCUGGACGGAGAGGAGAUCGACAAGUGGCUUGAAAUCUGUGAUGAGAACCGCGAGCCUAUUGGAGACAGCAAGAUCCAUGUGAAGCUUCAGUACUUUGAUGUUUUCAAGGACCGCAAUUGGGCGAGGGGUGUUCGGAGCACCAAGUACCCUGGUGUUCCUUACACCUUCUUCUCGCAGAGGCAGGGCUGCAAGGUUACUCUGUACCAGGACGCUCAUGUCCCCGACAAUUUCGUUCCUAAGAUCCCGCUUGCUGAUGGCAAGAACUAUGAGCCACACAGGUGCUGGGAGGAUAUCUUUGAUGCCAUAAGCAAGGCCCAGCAUUUGAUUUACAUCACUGGCUGGUCCGUGUACACCGAGAUCACCUUGGUUAGGGACACCAACAGACCGAAACCUGGUGGUGACGUUACUCUUGGGGAGUUGCUCAAGAGGAAGGCCAGUGAAGGUGUCCGGGUCAAUAUGCUAGUGUGGGAUGAUAGGACUUCAGUUGGUUUGCUUAAGAAGGAUGGCUUGAUGGCUACCCAUGAUGAGGAGACUGCAAAUUACUUCCAUGACACAGAAGUCAACUGUGUUCUGUGCCCUCGCAACCCUGAUGAUUCUGGCAGCUUUGUUCAGGAUCUGCAGAUAUCAACUAUGUUCACACACCAUCAGAAGAUAGUAGUAGUUGACCAUGAGCUGCCAAACGAGGGCUCCCAGCAAAGAAGGAUAGUCAGCUUCAUUGGUGGCAUUGACCUUUGUGAUGGAAGGUAUGAUACUCAGUACCACUCCUUGUUUAGGACACUUGACAGUGUCCAUCAUGAUGACUUCCACCAGCCAAACUUUGAGGGUGGAUCAAUCAAGAAAGGUGGUCCAAGAGAGCCAUGGCAUGAUAUCCAUUCACGGCUGGAAGGGCCUAUUGCUUGGGAUGUUCUUUACAACUUUGAGCAGAGAUGGAGGAAGCAGGGUGGCAAGGACCUCCUUGUACGUCUCAGGGAUCUUUCUGACAUCAUUAUUCCCCCUUCUCCUGUGAUGUUCCCGGAGGACAGAGAAACAUGGAAUGUUCAGCUCUUCAGAUCCAUUGAUGGUGGUGCUGCUUUUGGGUUCCCUGAGACUCCUGAGGAAGCUGCAAGAGCUGGCCUUGUGAGUGGAAAGGAUCAAAUCAUCGAUCGGAGUAUCCAGGAUGCAUACAUAAAUGCCAUCCGAAGGGCGAAGAACUUCAUCUACAUUGAGAAUCAGUACUUCCUUGGAAGUUCAUAUGGCUGGAAGGCCGAAGGCAUCAAGCCGGAAGAAAUUGGUGCUCUUCACUUGAUUCCGAAGGAGCUCUCAUUGAAGAUUGUCAGCAAGAUUGAAGCUGGGGAACGGUUUACUGUUUAUGUUGUGGUGCCAAUGUGGCCUGAGGGUGUUCCAGAAAGUGCUUCUGUUCAGGCAAUCCUUGACUGGCAAAGGAGAACAAUGGAUAUGAUGUACACUGACAUCACACAAGCUCUCCAAGCCAAGGGAAUUGAAGCAAAUCCCAAGGAAUAUCUCACUUUCUUCUGCUUAGGUAACCGCGAGGUGAAGCAGGAGGGAGAAUAUGAACCUGAGGAACACCCAGAACCUGACACUGAUUACAUCCGGGCUCAAGAGGCUAGGAGGUUUAUGAUCUAUGUUCAUACCAAAAUGAUGAUAGUGGACGAUGAGUACAUCAUCAUUGGGUCUGCCAACAUCAACCAGAGGUCCAUGGACGGUGCCAGGGACUCUGAAAUCGCCAUGGGCGCAUACCAGCCGUACCACCUGGCGACCAGGCAGCCUGCCCGUGGCCAGAUCCACGGCUUCCGGAUGUCUCUGUGGUACGAGCACCUGGGAAUGCUGGAUGAUGUCUUCCAGCGCCCUGAGAGUGUGGAGUGUGUGCAGAAGGUGAACAGGAUCGCCGAGAAGUAUUGGGAUCUAUACUCGAGCGACGACCUGGAGCAGGAUCUCCCAGGCCACCUCCUCAUGUACCCAAUCGGUGUCACUGCCGACGGCACCGUUACUGAGCUUCCGGGGAUGGAGAACUUCCCUGACACCCGUGCCCGUGUCCUCGGCAACAAGUCGGAUUACCUUCCACCCAUCCUCACCACAUAGAGUGCAGACUGCAGGUAGCGCCGUGGCUCCUCUCCUGUCUGGCCUCAACUUUGGUGUCCCUGUGUUUGUGUUCGAGACACUGAAGGUUCAGAUAGCAGUGUUGUUAUUAUAGUUUUUAUUGAGUGAUAAUAAGUGCAUUGUGCAUGAUGGGACGAUAGGAGUUAGAGUUGUUUAUUACUACUAAGUACUGGAUCCAGAUUGUGUUGUCCCCUUGUCUGGUAUAGCUCGUGUAGCUUGCUACGUUGCGGUGCUGUUUGUAAGAGGUGACUUCAGAGUUCAGGACUUAAACACGAUUGCUUGUUCAAGUGUGUGCUGCUAAAUGUCAAUGUGUUGCUACUA